UUAUACUUUACUAGUUCAGUGAACUGAAAUUAUCUGCAGCAAUCUUUUUGCUAUAACAGAGGUUAUAAAAGCUCUCUUUCAAACCCAUUACAUAACGCACACAGAACCAAAACCAAACGGCGCACGCAAUGGCAAGCCAUGACUCAUCCUUUUCGAGCUUCCGAACCUAUCUCCGAGCCGUCGCUCAAACUCCCUCUCGCUUCGCUCGUCGAGGCUUUUCCGUCUCCACUUCAUAUGAAGAGAUGAGCCGCGUUCGAGCCAGGUCCGGUACCAGCAUGCGCAAAACACUCCGUUGGUUCGACCUUGUCGGAUUCGGAAUCGGCGGAAUGGUUGGCGCCGGUGUAUUCGUAACCACCGGUCACGCCAGCCGCGUUUUCGCUGGACCCGCCGUUGUUCUAUCUUAUGCCAUUGCCGGUUUUUGCGCUCUCCUCUCUGCUUUCUGUUACACUGAAUUUGCUGUUGAUAUGCCGGUCGCCGGUGGCGCCUUUAGUUAUCUCCGCGUCACUUUCGGUGAAUUUGCGGCGUUUCUUACCGGCGCUAAUCUCAUCAUGGAUUACGUGAUGUCCAAUGCCGCCGUCGCCAGAGGUUUUACUGCUUACUUCGGCGCCACAAUCGGUGUCUCUUCUGCUAAAUGGAGGAUUACGGUUCCUUCUUUUCCGGAAGGAUUUAAUCAAAUUGACAUGGUUGCUGUCGCCGUUGUUUUACUCAUCACGCUCGUUAUCUGCUAUAGUACGAGGGAGAGUUCAGUGGUGAACAUGAUAUUGACGGCCCUGCAUAUAUUAUUCAUAGCAUUUGUGAUAGUGAUAGGAUUUUGGAAAGGGAGUUGGAAAAAUUUUACACAACCUGCCAAUCCUGAACAUCCAUCCGGUUUCUUCCCGCACGGAGCGGCAGGCGUGUUUAAUGGUGCGGCGGCAGUUUAUCUUAGCUACAUCGGGUAUGAUGCGGUUUCAACAAUGGCGGAAGAAGUUAAGGAGCCGGUUAAAGAUAUCCCAAUAGGUGUGUCGGGAUCUGUAAUAAUCGUAACUGUUCUUUAUUGUCUUAUGGCCGCUUCAAUGUGCAUGCUUCUACCUUACGACAUGAUUGAUCCUGAAGCACCGUUUUCGGCUGCUUUUACAUCUGACGGUUGGGGAUGGGCGUCUCGAGUAAUAGGAGUGGGGGCCAGUUUUGGAAUAUUGACAUCAUUGAUAGUUGCGAUGUUGGGUCAGGCUCGUUACAUGUGUGUUAUUGGAAGAUGUAAUGUGGUCCCGAGUUGGUUUGCUAAGGUCCACCCAAAAACCUCCACCCCUGUGAACGCUUCCGCUUUUCUUGGGAUUUUCACAGCUGCAAUAGCACUUUUCACUGAUCUUGAUGUUCUCCUCAAUCUUGUGUCAAUUGGCACACUAUUUGUUUUUUACAUGGUGGCGAAUGCUGUGGUCUAUAGACGCUAUGUCGCGGCAGGGACAACAAAUCCAUGGCCAACAUUGUGCUUCCUCUUCUCAUUUUCCUUCACAUCCAUCAUGUUCACACUCAUUUGGAAAUUUGUAGCAACAGGGGUUACAAAAGCAGGGUUGUUAAGUGCUUGUGGUGUGCUUGCUAUAGCAAUAUUGCAACUUUUUCAUUUCACUGUCCCUCAAGCUAGGAAGCCAGAAUUUUGGGGUGUGCCACUUAUGCCAUGGGUACCAGCAAUAUCAAUCUUUUUGAAUUUGUUUUUGCUUGGAUCACUUGAUGGGCCAUCCUAUAUUCGAUUUGGAUUCUUUUCGGGUGUUGCAGUGUUGUUCUAUGUGUUUUAUAGUGUUCAUGCUAGCUUUGAUGCUGAAAGAGAUGAUGGUUCUAUUGGUCAAAAGAGUGGUGAAAUUCAUUUGGACCAAAGUUUCAGAGUGUAGUUGAUUGAUGUAAAUUUUAAUUAUUAGUAUUAGUAUUAUUAUUAUUAUAUGUUUAUGAAAUUUAAUUCAAAAUGACUUCAACCUUUUUGGAUGGUUAAUGUCAACCAGGAUGUGGUGGGGUUGUAGAAGAAUUAUUUAAAAUGAAUAUUAAAUUUAAUAGAAUAUUAGAAUAA